AUGAAUGAUACACCGUAUCAUAAUCUCAUAAUGAAACACCUGGAGCACAACCCUCUGAUGUACAGUUUGGAAAACGUCACUAACAACAUCUCUCUGGGCGACCAGAACUCCACAGAAUGCGCCCAGAUAAUGAUCCCUCACGAACUAUUUUUGACCUUGGGUUUAAUAAGCCUGGUAGAGAACAUUUUAGUCGUGCUCGCAAUUAUCAAGAACAGGAAUCUGCAUUCCCCCAUGUACUAUUUCAUCUGUUGCCUGGCAGUCUCUGACAUGUUAGUGAGUGUCAGCAACGUAGUGGAAACGAUGUUCAUGUUGUUAACAGAGCACGGACUGCUAGUUGUCACACCGCAUAUGAUGAAGCACUUGGACAACGUCAUUGACAUCAUGAUCUGCAGCUCAGUGGUUUCGUCACUGUCGUUCCUCAGCACCAUCGCUGCAGAUCGAUACAUCACCAUUUUUUACGCAUUACGCUACCACAGUAUCAUGACAACUCAGCGUGCAGUGGCCGUAAUUGUGAUAAUCUGGUUGGCUAGUACCAUCUCCAGCACCCUGUUCAUUGUGUAUUACACCGAUAAUGCUGUGAUCGUAUGUCUCGUGACUUUCUUUUGCAUCACGCUGGUAUUUACUGCAGUCCUGUAUCUGCACAUGUUCAUUCUUGCCCACGUCCACUCACGGCGCAUCGUAGCAUUCCACAAGAGCCGCCGCCAGGCCACUAGCAUGAAAGGCGCCAUAACUCUGACCAUCCUACUUGGCGUCUUCAUCAUCUGCUGGGGGCCCUUCUUCCUCCAUCUCAUUCUCAUCCUCACCUGUCCCAAGAGCCCGUACUGCACCUGCUUUUUUAGCCACUUCAACCUCUUUUUAAUUCUCAUUAUCUGCAACUCGCUCAUAGAUCCGCUCAUUUACGCGUACAGGAGCCAGGAGCUGCGUAAGACUUUGAAGGAGCUAGUGUUGUGUUCUUGGUGCUUCGUAAUGUAG